GGGAAAUAAAGGAUAAAGUUUAUAUAUGUCAGUUUUAUAUAUGAUAGUGUGUUUAGCUGUCUGCUUUUGCUGCCAUUGUCUUCGGUUCCGUUUUCUUAUCUUAAUUUCUGGAUAGAAAAGGAGGAAAGGCUCAUGGAUAGAAGAGAGGAAGCCCUAAGCGCUAGAUUUGAAAUGGCAACAAAUGGUGCUUCCGAUACAAUUGUUCCAUUUCUUCUCGAACGUGAUAAGUAUGAACAUUGGACAAUUUUCCUUAAAAACUAUCUGUUGGCUCAAGAUCUUUGGGACGUGGUCGAAAAGGGUACUGAUGCUCUUCUUUCUUCAGACAAGGUUGAUCAGACGAAAAAGAAUGCUGCAGCUCUACAUGCAAUUCACAUGACAUGUUCACCACAUGUUUUUACUUUAAUAAAGGAUAUCAGUUCUGCCAACGAAGCUUGGAACAAAUUGGCUGAAAUGCAUCAACAUUGGCAAUCCCCUUUUCUCCAUAAACCACCAACCAGUGCAGUGUCACUCCGCGGAGCAGAAAGGCAAACGGCCAGCCGGUUGGAGUGGGCAAUCAACAAAGCAGAUUGGAAGACCGUACAUGGGAUUUUUCUAGAGAGCUCACAUCGAAUAAAUAGGAUAAUUAAUGACGACAAUCAAACUGCUCUUCAUGUUGCAGUUUUAGCUGGUGCUGUAGAGAUCGCUGAGGAAUUGAUCCAGAGAAUGUCAGAAACAGACUUGGAAAUACAAGAUAUAGUUGGUUCCACGGCUCUUCACCUUGCUGCUCGUCGUGGGAAGAAGAUAGCAGAAUGCUUGGUUGAAAAGAAUCCGAAGUUACCAACUCUUACCGAUGAGCGAGGAUUUAUCCCCAUUGUAGGGGCAUGUGCUUCUGGCGAUGAGGAUUUGACCAAGUAUCUGUAUUCCAAGACCCCUGAAGUAUUAUUAAGCCCACAUGAUGGCAAAAAUGGGCCUCCUCUCCUCAAUUAUACCAUAAUCGGCCAAAUGUUCGGUAAAAAUUAGCAAAACUUCAUUCAUCCCAAGUUCAUUGGUUUUCUUGCCAUGUAUGAUACAUGAUCAGCGUGCCAGUGUGUUUUUGUCUAAUAAAUAUUUUUGUGUUGAGAAAGCAGAUAUCUCAUUGGAUUUACUUCAGAAAUAUCCAAGCUUGGCAGUCACCAAGGACGAUGGCAACCUUACUCCGAUUCUAAUAUUGUCCAAUGAACCGUCUGCAUUCUUUAGUGGAAGUGGUCUUGGAUUUUGGCAACGUUUAAUUUAUCAUUGUAAGUAUUAGCGCCAGUUUCUAUUUGAUUAAUUUUCAAUUUCUUUGUUUGGGAUUGUUAAUUUAUUUUAUUUAUCCACUGUUAUUGAAGGUAUAAAGAUAAACAAACACAGUUUUUCUAAUGAUAUCAGUUCCUCUAAUGAUGUUCAAAUUCCUGUUACUUGCCAAAACCAGAAUGAAGAGAAAAAUAUCAAAGUGCAAGUGUUUUUUGGACUUCGUGCAUUGGGCUUAAUGCUUCUAAAGUUCUCUGGUAUGCUGCUUCAACUCAACUAAACCUCUAUCACUACCGCAGGAAUAGGAUAUUCAGACCGAAAUAUCGGUUCGGAUAUAUUAUAAAUCGGUCUGAAUAUA